CUUCCUUUGUGCUAUCAAUUAACUCAAGUCAUAUCCUGUUAUUGCGAGUACAGUUGAUACCUGCUAGUAGUUCAAGGCGUUUUAUUUACCACGUGGCUGGCCAAGUGACUGAAAAAGGAAAAAGAGGAGCCAAAAAGAACAUCAUGGAUGCAGACAAGGCUGAGUUCUUGAAGGAGUUUGGUUCCGACUAUGGUUACCCAAACGGUCCAAAAUCUAUCGACGAAAUUCGAGCCACUGAAUUUAAUCGAUUAGACCAAAAGGGUAUUGUAUAUUUAGAUCAUGCUGGUGCUACUUUAUACUCUGAGUUACAAAUGGAAGAAAUAUUUAAAGAUUUCAACUCAAAUAUCUAUGCAAACCCACAUAGCCAAAGUGAUUCCAGUUCUGCAACAUCUGAUAUUAUAAGAGAAGUUCGACAACAGGUGCUUGAUUAUUGCAAUGCAUCUGCUAAAGAGUAUAGAUGCAUAUUUACUUCUGGAGCCACUGCGGCUUUGAAGUUGGUUGGGGAGGCGUUCCCUUGGAGUAGGGAGAGUUGUUUUAUGUAUACUAUGGAGAAUCAUAAUAGCGUGCUUGGUAUUAGAGAAUAUGCUCUCAGUAAAGGGGCUGCUGCAUUUGCAGUAGAUGUUGAAGACAAUGUUAAUGGAGGUGGAGCAUCUGGAGGCCAGGAGGAACGGGUGAAGUUAUCCCCACAUGCAACGCAAAGGAGGAAUGAAGCUAAAAUUCUAGAAGAGGAGCCAUCUGGAAAUGCUUAUAACCUAUUUGCAUUCCCUUCUGAGUGCAAUUUCUCUGGUUUGAGAUUCAGUCUUGACUUGGCUAAUCUUAUUAAGGAAAAUUCAGAAAGAAUUUUGGAAGGCUCUCCUUUUGGCAAGUAUGUAAGGGGUCACUGGAUUGUUUUGCUUGAUGCUGCAAAAGGAUGUACUACAUGCCCUCCAGAUUUAUCCAAGUACGCUGUGGAUUUUGUUGUAAUCUCUUUCUAUAAGCUGUUUGGCUAUCCAACUGGACUUGGUGCUCUUGUUGUUCAAAAUGAUGCUGCCAGGUUGAUGAAGAAGACUUACUUCAGCGGAGGCACAGUUGCUGCAUCAUUUGCUGACAUGGACUUUGUUAGAAGAAGAGAAGGUAUUGAAGAGCAUUUUGAGGAUGGCACCAUUUCAUUUCUGAGUAUAGCAUCAAUACGCCAUGGGUUCAAAAUCCUCAAUUCUCUAACUCCAUCUAUGAUGAGUCGGCAUAUUGCAGCACUUACCAUGUAUGUCAAGAAGAUGCUUUUGGGCCUAAGGCAUGAAAAUGAAGCUAAUGUUUGCAUCAUUUAUGAAGGUCAUACUUCAAAGUUAGUUUGUCAUGAAUCAGGUUCCAUAGUGUCAUUCAACUUGAAAAGGCCUGAUGGCUCAUGGUUUGGAUACAGUGAGGUGGAAAAACUCGCUUCCUUAUCUGGAAUUCAGUUACGGACAGGAUGCUUUUGUAAUCCAGGAGCAUGUGCAAAAUAUCUUGGCUUGUCUCACCUGGAUCUUCUUUCAAACUUAGAGGCUGGUCAUGUUUGCUGGGAUGAUAAUGAUAUUAUACAAGGAAAACUAACUGGGGCUGUUAGAGUGUCAUUCGGUUACAUGUCUACGUAUGAAGAUGCCAAGAAAUUUAUUGAUUUUAUCACAAGUUCAUUUGUAUCAAAGCCAAAUAAGUCAGAAAACUGGAAUAUGUUGAGAACAAAAUCCAUCCUCUUGUCAAAUGAAGGCCAUGAAAGAAAAGCUGGUUAUUACCUCAAGUCUAUAACAGUUUAUCCAAUAAAAUCAUGUACAGGAUUCAGUGUGGAAAGUUGGCCUCUGAGCAGCACUGGUUUGCAACAUGAUCGAGAAUGGCUUCUUAAAAGUCUAACCGGUGAAAUCCUUACACAGAAAAAGGUUCCUGACAUGUGCUCUGUUAGUGCUUAUAUUGACCUCAAUAAGGGAAUAAUGUUUGUAGAAUCCCCUCGAUGUAGAGAAAAAAUGGAGAUCAACCUGAAGGCAGAUUCAUAUCCAGGUGGGAUAGAGGAGAUUGAGUUGCAUGCCCAGAGCAGAUAUGAAGUCCAAUACUAUGAGAAUGAUGUCGACUUGUGGUUUAGCCAUGCUGUUGGCCAUCCUUGCUCUUUAUUAAGAUGUUGUAGUUCCAAGAAUUACUCCAGCUUGAAGAAGGAUAAAAGCAGGAACUUGUGCAGAGAUGUGGAGAGCAGAUUGAAUUUUGCCAAUGAAGCUCAGUUCUUAUUAAUAUCAGAGGAGAGUGUCUCCGACCUCAACAACAGAUUGAGCUUAAUAGAUGCACAAAAAGGAACUCGUGGAACAUCAGUUAAAAUCAAUCCAAUGAGAUUCCGGCCCAACCUAGUUGUAUAUGGAGGUGAGCCUUAUGCCGAAGAUGGAUGGCUGAAUAUCAAAAUCGGAAAUAAGAAUUUUAUGUCGCUGGGUGGAUGCAACCGCUGCCAGAUGAUCAAUUUAGUUCAUCAAGCUGGACUAGUGCAGAGGUCAAAUGAGCCUUUAGCAACUUUGGCUUCAUACAGGAGAGUGAAGGGGAAGAUUUUAUUUGGAAUAUUGUUGAGAUAUGAGAUUCAGGAUAAGAAGGGGAUGCAAACAGGGUCAUGGCUUCGAGUGGGAGAAGAAAUACAUCCAAAUUCAGAAUAGGCAAUAUUGCAAAACAAGAAAUUGCCUACCUAUAAAGCAGAUACAUAUGAUCCAAUCUCUAGAGCAGUCAAUAUACAUGCAAACCAUUGCAGCAGCUUGGAUAUAUAGUAUACAACUAUUUCGAGUUUUGAAUUAAA